AAGAAAAACCCUAGAAUUCGUUGCCGUUGUCUACCAUCGGAAGACAUCUGUUCGACCGUCGUCGUUCCCCUCCGGCGAAUCAAGUAUACUGAACCAAGAUGUAUCUCCAGUUUUACAUAAACGAAAAUGGUGACAAAGUUUACACCACUAAGAAAGAAUCACCACUUGGAUUGGCCACACAGUCAGCUCAUCCUGCCCGGUUUUCACCUGAUGACAAAUUCUCGAGGCAGAGGGUUCUCUUGAAGAAGCGUUUUGGAUUGCUGCCGACCCAGAAACCGGCUCGCAAAUACUGAGUCAGCUCUUCUGAAAGCUAUUGGCUGUCACACUUCAUGUGUUUUGGUUUAGUUAGUUAUAGCUAAUGGUCAGUAGUACCGACCACCAAGUGUUAUGAACCUGUGACCGAGUUUAAAGAAGGGUGGUCUGUCAUCCAUGGUUUUUGACCCUUCAAUUUGCACUUUGUAGAAUGCAAACAGUUACGUUAGUAAAACUUAUGUAUGCAUAUGAACAACCAUUUGUGCUUGAUAUUAUUUAUAGGUAACGGCAGUAAACAAGACCUUAAUGAUGAAGAGAAUUGAGAUUUUUAUUGCA